UCAGAGACCUUAGGAACGUUGGAGCUGAGUGACAAGGUCUGCCCGAGCCUUUUCUUGACUGCGCCGACCCGGAAGCGGAGUAUCCGAAGGCACACACUGCAGAUUACUCACGUCCGGAAGCCAAUACCGAGUGGUUUUCCCCGGCCGGUGGGUGGGUGGAUGCGCAGCUCCGCUUGGGUGGAGCAGCCUCUAUGGCAGGUGUGCACUAGAGGUGCGGACCCGGGUGGGUGCGCCUGGACUGCAACACCCUGGAGACCUGAUCGGCCCACCCCAGUUAGUGCAGAUGGAGAAGGAGGGGCAGCGCACAAGUAGAGAGUUGCCUCUGUAGGCCGGAAGACUUGGAUUCUUGUCCUGCCUUGGACAGUUCCUAGCUGGGUGACUGUGGGCAGGUUGCUUCCCUUCCUGAAACCUGCUUGUCUCUGAGGAUGUGGCAAUUAGAAGGUGCUCGCAGGGGCAGCUACAGUUUCAGCCCACUUCAGCUGAAAAUGUGAAGAAAGCAUACUGGUUAAGACAAGAAGAGUCUAAUAGGGAGGCACCCACACCUGAGGACCAGAACUAUUUUGUGGAGCCAGAGCCAGUGACUUCUUCACUUCCCCUUCCAGGGCCCUCUCCUAGUACCUACCCCAACGGACAUUGCAAAGAAGACUUGGGAACCUGGGAGCACUCUAGGCAGCUUUUCCCCAAGCCAUGGAGCUUUGGGGCCAAAGGCUGUGGGCCCUCCUUUCUGGCCCUGGGGGAAGGAGGGGAGGCAUCCGAAGCUGGGCCUACAGCUCAUGGCGAUCCCACCCACCUCUGACUGGGCUGUUAAGUCCCACAGGGAUGGUCAGCCACUGGACAGGGGUCUUUGAGAAGAGAGGCAUCCCAGAAGCCAGAGAAUCCAGUGAGUACAUCGUGGCUCAUGUCCUUGGAGCCAAAACAUUUCAGAGCCUGAAGCCAGUACUUUGGACACAGCCCCUGACCCCUCAGCAACUGCAGGGCAUCCAGGUUCUGUGUAGCCGCCGAUUGCAGAGGGAACCUGUGCAGUACAUCCUUGGGGAGUGGGACUUUCGGGGGCUCAGUCUGAAGAUGGUGCCCCCAGUGUUUAUUCCUCGGCCAGAAACAGAGGAACUGGUUGAAUGGGUACUGGAGGAGGUGGCCCAGAGGCCCCAUGUUGUAGAAGCCCAAGGUGGCCCCCUCAUUCUGGAGGUGGGCUGUGGAUCAGGAGCCAUCUCCCUCAGCCUGUUGAGCCAACUGCCUGAGAGCCGAGUCAUUGCUGUGGAUAAGGAGGAAGCUGCUAUCAAUCUGACCUAUGAGAAUGCUCAGAGGCUUCAGUUGCAGGACAGGAUUUGGAUCAUCCCCUUUGAUGUAACGUCAGAGGGGAACUGGACACACCUUUUGCCCUGGGGCCCUGUGGACCUGAUUGUCAGCAACCCACCCUAUGUCUUUCACCAGGAUAUGGAGCAGCUGGCCCCAGAGAUCCGAAGCUAUGAAGACCCAGUGGCCCUGGAUGGUGGGGAAAAAGGCAUGGACAUCAUUACCCAUAUCCUGACCCUGGCACCCCAGUUCCUGAAGGACUCUGGGUACGGAUGGGACAGGUGUUCUAGAAGCAUCUUUUUGGAAGUAGACCCGAGGCACCCAGAGCUCGUCAGCAACUGGCUUCAGAGCCAUCCUGACCUGUACCUCAAUCUUGUAACUGUACGCAGGGACUUCUGUGGGAGGCCCCGGUUCCUGCAUGUCCAGAGAUCUGGGCCAUAAUGUGACUGUCAUGUGGCUGCCUGGCCAAGGACCCAGCCUCACUGAAUGUCUGGCUGACCAUUUCUUCUUGGAAUGCUGCUAAGAGGGAGAUGAAUGGUGCUUCCCAGAACCCCAGGAGCUUGUAGCAUUUCCCAUGUUCUGUGAUUCUCCAUGUUCUACAUUUCUAGAAGACCUGGAAACAAGGAUGGGGGUGUCCUUCCUGGACAGCUCCUGAGUUUGGCUCAGGAGCUGGGAAGACCCAAGUUCCCAAUCUAGCUCCAUCAAAUCAAUAUGGUGAAGGGCAGGUUGCUCUGUGUUCCUGUUAGUGGAAUUGCUGUGGAGAUAUUGGGAAGUAAAGUACUGAGAG